GCCAAUAAAAAAUAAAAUGUUCUGCCAAAUUUGCUGAAAAAUCCAUUUUUCAAGUUGCUUGUGGAUACAUGCAAACCUGAGUUUUCUUGCUAAUCAACGUCACAAUAAGCUAAACUAAAUGCCUCCUUUUCUCUUUUUUACUUCUCUUGCAACUCUUGAAUAUGUCUAACUUUGUAAGUUAUCAUUUGUUGUCUAUACCCCCAAAGACUUAUUUUAUAGAACGACGAUUUAUCGAGUAUGCUACCUAAAUCAUUUGGGCAAAAAUCAAAGCCAGAGAAGAUUAACGAACCCAAUGAUUGGGAUGCUUUGCGCGCCUUUAUGCCUACUUCUUUUGGCAAACAACAACAAAAGCGCGAUCUUACAGAAGACUAUAACAAGACAAAGCGAGAGACUACAAAAGAACAACCAAAGACACCUGAGAAAAAGCCAGAAAUCAUGACAGAUCAAUCAGUCGAUGAGAGUGACGAUGAUAUGGAUUCAGAAGAUGAAAGCUCCUUUCAUGUAAUUCCAACCUCCCAUGAGAUCAAGUUGAAUGACCAUAAUCGUACCGUGUCUUCCUUGACGCUUGAUCCUUCUGGCACACGUCUUAUUACAGGAAGUUAUGAUUACGAUCUCAAGUUUUGGGAUUUUGCAGGCAUGGAUCGAUCCUUCAAGCCUUUCCGCACCAUUCAACCAUGUGGAGAACAUCAGAUUCAUAAAGUACAGUAUUCAUUAUCAGGUGAUUCUGUGCUUGUCAUCUCUGGUAGUGCACGCGCGAAGAUAUUUGAUCGUGAUGGUACGGAGAUCUGUGAAUAUGCCAAGGGUGAUCCUUAUAUUCGUGACCUCAAACAUACAGACGGUCAUGUAGGCGCAUUAACAAGUGGGUCAUGGCAUCCUUCCGAUAAACAAGUCUUUGCUACAGGUUCGCAAGAUGGUACUAUUCGUGAAUGGGAUAUAGAACGCAAACGAAAACAAAAGACAACGCUUGUUUACAAGUCUCGGGAGCGAGGUGGAAGAUCUUCUUGUACUGCUUUGGCUUAUAGUCAUGAUGCCAAACACUUGGCUGGUGCGUACCAAGAUGGUACCUUACAAAUCUGGGGAACGACUGGGUCACAAAUGAGGCCUGCUAUCUCCAUUCCUGAUGCACAUCAAAAGGGCACAGAAACAUCAGGCAUUGUGUUUUCUAAAGACAAUCAUACCAUGGUCACUCGAGGAGGUGAUGAAUCUGUCAAAUUAUGGGAUUUAAGAAAUGCAAAGAAACCAGUCAAGACAGCCUAUAACCUUGACAUUGUAAAUCCUGAAGUGAAUGUCAUAUUCAGUCCUGAUGAAAAGCUUAUUUUGACUGGCACUGCUUGUCCAAAGGGUCAAGGUCAUGGCCAAUUAGUCAUGUUGAAUAGAGAUACACUUGAAGUCCAUGAGUCAAUAAAUGUCACUCAAUCAAGUGUUGUCAGUGUAUUAUGGCAUCCUCGUAUCAAUCAGAUCAUGACUGGCAGUGCUGAUGGCAUUGUGACAGUGUUCUAUAGUCCUACUCAUUCUCAACGCGGUGCUAAGCUAUGCGUUACGAAAGCGCCCAAGAAGCGUGCUGUGGACGACUAUCAGUCUACUGGACCUAUUCUUACUCCUCAUGCCUUACCUAUGUUUAAGGAAGGAGAACAGAGAAUUAGCAAGAGAAAGAGAGAAAAGAUGCGUUUGGAUCCUGUCAAAUCUCAUCGUCCAGAUUUGCCUGUCAAUGGUCACGGUAGAGGUGGUAGAGUUGGUAUGAAUCAACAACAAGCCGUUAUCAAAUCAUUUGCCAAAGAUACCACAAGAGAUGAAGAUCCUCGUGAAGCUCUUUUGAAAUAUGCAGAAGUUGCUGAAAAUGACCCUCAAUGGGUUGGCAAUGUAUAUAAAAAGACACAACCAAAGCCUGUAUUUGAGGAUGAGCAAGAGGAAGAAGAAACCUAGU